AUGUCCCAAACCAAUACCGAGAAUCAUAAAAAGUUGAAAUAUCCACACACUGCUGGCAAAAGAAGUUUUGCUCGAAUAUGCGAGGAAAAAAAGAAAGAAACUUCUGAGCCUCUAUCAAGCAAGGACCUCUUUGUGGCUACGAGAAAAAGAAAAGUUGAUCGAGUAUACAAGGCCUCGUAUGCAGAUACUCUUAAUAAAAUUGCUGAAAUGGAAAGACUACAAUCAACACAAGAAAGUGAAGAUGGCAGUCAAUCAGUUGAUGCAUUUGCAUCAGUCAUGGGACCUGAGCAUCCAGGUCGCAUAAGAUUGUAUGGACGUGGGGUUACCAAGACCUCCUUAAAAAGAAAAGUGGGAGAUUUGGGACCCUCAAGUUCUACUGAUGAGGUGAUGCAGCAAAAAUUGGAGGAAAUGGAAGAAAGGAUGCAGCAAAGAUUGCAGGAAAAGUUCAAUGCACAAAAAGAUGCCAUGGAACUACAAGUUGCAGUUAAAAUCAUUUCACAACUUAAGCAUCUGAAUCCAGAUUUACGAGUUGAUCCCAGCAUGCUAGGUUUCAAUGCUUGUUCACCUGGAGAAGCUUCCUCUGCCAAACAAGCUGCUGUGCAACUAAUAAAUCGCCUAUCUACUGGGAGUAAUAAUCAAGGUUAUGAAAGUGAUAGUAGCUCUGGUAAACCUACAAUUCGUGCUCAGCUUGCUAAGUUGGUUGGAGAUCGAGAUGAUGACUUCAGCAUUCCCUUGGGUAAGAAUCUUAAGAAGGUCAGCGCCAAGUUCUUAACUGUUUCACAGAAGAGAAACAUCAAAAAGACAAAGCCUACUUGA